GAGUUGCAUGUCGCAUGACCCACGACACUGUCGCUUCAUUAAAUAUCGUUAAAUGCAUAUUCUAACAUGUUCGACACACCCUGUUACAAUUGUGCUAUUCUUAAGAUGUCACAACGAGCAACACUGCUAUUGUUUAUUGCAAAAGUAAAAAAUUGGUGAUUAAUACAAAGAACCCGAAGAAACUUUUUACAAAAAGAAAAAGACUUUCCUUUUUUGAUAUAAAUUCUAAAUAUACACAAUAAAAUGGCUGCUUUAAAAGGUAACGCGCAGAACUCAAAAAUUCUAAUGUUUCAUAAAGAGCUGAAAAUUUUCUUUUUCUUCUAAACGAAUGUCAACCUAACCACUUCAAUAAAAUCAAUGCUCAAUGCAAAUGACGAAAAUCUAAAAAUCACUACAGCUUUAAUAAUAUGUGCAUUUAUGACAUGUAUCGGCAUGACUUUCCUUAUUUUGGCUUGCGCCGUACCCCAACCAAAGAUAUUCUAUCCAUUCUUUGUGCUGCUGUUUUAUGUUUUAUCCGUAAUACCGAUCGUUCUGGCCAAACGACUGAAUCCAGGCAGUGAAACAAAUCCCAAGACAGAGUUUGCUUUAUUCAUUACAAGUGGCAUGGUCUUAAGCGCUUUUGCAUUGCCCAUUGUCUUGGCUCACACUGCGGUGAUCUCUUGGCUGGCUUGUAUUUUAACCUUGGUUAGUAACGUCAUUAACUAUUUGACCAUCUUCGGCUAUGUGAUGAGAGAAAAUGAAUUUGAUGCUCCAUAUGGCGGUAUGUUCUAAGUAUGGUAGAGAAAAAAAUGGACAUUUAAUUCUUCCGUGAUGCUGCUGUUGUCGAACCAUAUCUUAGCAGUAGGCGGUAGGCGAUAUGGUUGACAUUGAUUAACACCAAGGAUUAAUAGUAACAUAGAACGAUGGAAGAACGAACGAUCCAGAGUAUUACUCAUAUAAUUGGUACAUUAACAUUAAUAAGACACACAUGCUGUUUUUUACAUAUUAUAUAUAUACAAUUAAAAUAGGCAACAAACAAACGAA